AAUAAUCCCACGGUUAUGCAGAGGCGUUUGGUAUCCGGGAUUUUAACAAAUACGUGUUUUGAGGUGGUUUAGUGUUCGUGAUCUUUCAUUCAUUCACCAGUAAGUCUGGUUGUGUCUCGAUAGAUUAGCACAGUUUAUUACAAGUGACGGUAGAUUUAAUCUUUAGUAUUUUGUCAAAACAUUUUGACCUGUUGUGUUUAAUAAGAGUCGUGCUAAGCUGAGAAACAGACGGAAUUUUUUACUUCUUGUUGAGAAAUGUGUUUGCAAUAUUUCAGCGCAGUGUGAUAGCAAAAAACAUGGAUUGUACAAGAAUUUGUAUCGGGACCCCACCUUUUUAGCAUAUCAAAAGAGUUUCAGAUCUGUAAUAAAGACAGCAGGGGAAGCUACAAGGACCUGCUUUGGGACCGUCUCUAUUUAUGGUAUCAAAUUAGGAUAAAAUAGUACACGGUGCCUACAAGGAUGCGUAUUUGGACUUUCUCUAUUCAUGGUAUUAAAUAAGGACAUGGUGUCUUCAAGGAAUCGUGUUUGGACCUUCUCUAUUCAUGGUAUUAAAUACGAACACUGUGUCUGCAAGGAAGGGUGAUUGGACCUUCUCUGUUUGUCUAGUUUCCUUAUGUUGAUAAUUUUAGCACUAUAUAUUUCAGUCAUCAGACUUUUAAUGAGAAAUCAGAGAUUUAAACAGAAGUGAAAUAUAGUGAUGUUUUCUAAUGUGGAAUGUCGUGCAGCUCUGUGAUAUAUAUAGUCUAAACACGGGAGAAAUCAUCAUUUAAAAUAUCGACGGGUGAUUUAAUGGAAACCAUUUACAGCGGUUCAGGACGGCUUUCGAUACCUGUCAACAAUUGAUUAGACUGAAAACAGUGUCAAGAUGAAUACGCCGGAACAGGAACUACGGCUGCAGGAAAUCAAUGACAGUUAUGUUUCGAUUCUACUUCCGGUAAUCAUAGUCAUUGGAGUGCUUAUGGUGUUGGGUUUAUUCGGAAAUCCGCUUGUUAUCUAUUUUUACGGAUGCCGAAUGAAAACCACGGCAUCCUAUAUGUUUAUAGUGACUUUGGCUAUUUUCGACCUGUUAUCUUGCGUGAUAUCUUUGCCCAUGGAAAUUUCAGACUUAAUCAACUUUUACACUUUCGACAGUGCUGCAACAUGUCGCGCUCUUCGUUUUGUAAAUUAUUUUUCUAGUAUAGGUUCCGGGACGACUCUAAUUGCAAUAGCGGUUGACCGAUUCCGGAAAAUAUGCAAACCUUUCGACGCACAGAUAACCGACAAAAUGGCUAGAUGGAUAAUUGUUGCUGUGAUUGGUUUUGCGCUGUUUUGUUCGUGGCCUUCCAUUUUUCUCAACACGGUAAUUCAGAAAAAUCUAACCGAGGAUACAUCUGUGGUUGCCCGGGAUUGUACUCUAAAUCCAGCUGAUGACUACAAAUUAUUUGUGACAAUCUAUAAUUCGUUUCUUUUCCUGUGCUUUAUCAUCGUUUUCAUAGUGCUUACAGCGUUGUAUACGCUUGUUGGCAGACAACUAUACAAGUUGCGUAGCUUCCGGUUCUACGCCACAGGCAUCGAGAGAAACGUAUCAUCUGCUCGUCCUACGAGUUCGAUGACGGUUGCGAGUGACAUGACAAACUCCGAAGGCAGGAGCAGAACGGAUGAUUUGGCUGGUUUAGGGAAUGACCUCAGGGACGGUUCACUUUCGCCUAUCGGCGAAGACGACUAUGCCAACCGUCGCCCUACCUCGGCCAAUUCAAUCGCGGUCAGUGCUCGGUCGCUGAAAAUGGGUCCACACAAAGUUAUCCCUCAAACAAUGGAUCCAGACCACGAGAAGGACAUUGUAAAUGGAGUAUCGGGAAAAAUUCGGCAAACUAGAAGUUUUACCGAAAAAUCAGGCACCGAAAAAGUUCCGGAGAAUAUUCGUAGAGUAAGUUCGGCUACCAUGGCGAACAAGGGGAAAGCAUUUGGACAAAACAAGUUUGGAAGCCCUAUGCGUGAAGGGUCUGCUACAUCAAGGAUGUCAUACGCGUCCACAGCAAACUCCAUGGCGGAAAUAGAAACACGUGACGCGUACGCUUCAGGAAAUAUUGACCACCGAAAGGAAAAGAUGCGAUCGCAAAAUAUAAACACCAAGCGAUACACGAUAAUUGCUCUGUCCAUAAGUAUUGCGUUUGUUCUCAGCUUUUUGCCCUAUUUGUGUCUAGUGAUAUGGUCAACGUUAUUUAUAACUUAUGACCCGAACGAGUUCACGCCAGCACAGCUUGUUGCCAGUGAGCUUUUUCACAGGUCAUUUUUAUUCAACUGCGCCUUAAAUCCAAUCAUAUACGGCUUCCUGAACACGGAAUUCAAGAAAAUGGUUUUCGGACAAUGUGCAAAACUUUUCUGUUGCUGCUGCAAAACCAGACACAAAGAGGGAGAUAUGGCUCAUGCAGAACUUAGUGGACUGUCCCGGUCUACGUAAUUUACGUCAUUUCCGCUGCAGUAUUCUGCAAUAGACAGAACGACCACGUGUGCUAUAGGAUCAUGUAUGCCUUUCUGGUCUGGUGACGAUUUUACACAGUAAAACUCUUACAUGAUUUGUGGAGCAUCACCAAUCGUCUUCCAGUUAUCAGCACAUCUCCUUUUUUUUCGCGCCGGAAGAUAAAUUCAGAUCAGGAGGGCAUAUGUAAAAAGUUUGAUUUUAAAAUGGAAAAUUAAUUUAUCUUAAUAUGCUUUCAGUAGGUAACUGAAGUGUAUGAAAACGCAUUUUAAAUUAAUUCCGGAACUUAAGUGUUAUAGUGUGAUUCUUAUUAUUACAUUUUUCCAGAAAGAUAUUAGUCCGGACCUUUUUUCGGUUUUCGGAAAUGAUUCCAUUUGAUUUCGUGAACAUAUUUUCGUACCUGUGUACUUUCUAUAUAUAAAUUUUAUGUAACUUAUAAUUUUAUAAUUGACUUAGUGCUCGUGAUAUGUAUAUUUUAUAUUUUUUUUAUAGAUAAUAUAAAUCAAACCAGUUCUUAUGUAUGGGGAGGGUGGGGGGCGGAUGGAUGGGGGUGGUACCCUCGGCAAACGAUUGGCUUUUAACAGCAAUACCUGAGUGUUUAAUUUAUUCAGUUUUUACUUUAUCUUCAUUUCUGUUUCAAAAUUUCCGAUUUUUUAUUUACAAGAAAGCUGUGUUUUCUUUGACAGAAAAUAGCUUCAGUUUUGUUGAAAAGAAAUAAAAGGCAGACUUACAGUAUACGUUUCACACUUAAUGAUUUGUUUUAACAUCAUCACUCCGAAUUACAGUAUUGGCCAAAAUGCCUGUUACAAGAAAGUAUUGAAAAGCCAUUGUAUUAUAAAAGUACAUCUGAGAGUUUUUAUAGCAACAAUGCGCGGCAUGUUAGAUAUAAUAGGUUAGCUAUACAGAGCUCCUACUAUGUAUGUUAGCGGUCCAUUCCACUCACAACAGGUUAUACACUUACCUAACUGUACAUUUACUGUAUACGUCAAAACCCAUGUAUCACUUAUUUACCCUUACACUGGAAUGGAUUCAUCCUAUUUUCACGCAUAUGAAUCUCAAGGCUCUGGUACAGCUAGCAACCUAUGCAUUGCAUGAGAAUGCCUCACACAGUCUUCAAUGACCUAAGGGAGGCAACUUUUAUAAAAAAAAGUACAUCUAAAGGCAUUUUUAAAGAUCCUAGCGCUUCAGUUCUGACUUAAAUCCAACACCUCUGGGUAAAAUUUGUUUGCUCCCUCUAUUUACUUCAUUAGCGAAACAUCCUUUUUCUGUUUGCCAAUUUAUUUAUAAUACAAUGCGGCAAAAUAUCACAUUUGUUAUAUGCUAUUGUAACAUUUUAACGUUUCAAAUAUACAGUGUACGUAUUUUUUAUGUGGUAUUCAUGUUAACUAAAAUGAAAUAGGCUGUAAGUGAAUAUAUAUAAAUAAACGAAUAUAUCAGUUUGUACCUGUGAGUGCUUAUAACAAGGUGUGAUCUUGUGAAUGUAUGAACAAUAAAACAUGUCCCGAAGAGGAAUACAUAAAUUGAA